AUGUCCACGAUCUCUGAAAUCUCAUUGAGAAAUACUGAGGGUGCCUCCAAUGUUGAUAUCGAUGAGCAGGGGCAAGCCAACUACAAGGAUAUCCCGGUACUAGAGAAAUCAAGCUCCCAAGACCUAGCCGAAAGCUACGCCGCGGCACUCGCAUUCAACUCUCAACUAGACAAUGGCUCCUCGAAUUAUAACUCCGUUAGGCCGAGUUUUCAACCAAGUCCCGUUCGUUCUUAUCUGAAUCUGCAUCGCCUUGACCCCCAAGAUCUCAAUAGCGUCACCUGGAUUCCUUUUCGAUGUCACGAGAUUGAAUCUGAUUCCAUGGGGUCAAUAAAUCUAGGCAGAUCGAGUUCCUACGCAACAGCAGAAGUUGAUUUCAACUCCGACGCAGCAGAAAGACACUCCUUAGUGUCUCGCGAGUUAAGUCAGGAUAGUGAAGAGCUUUCUUCGACAAGAAUUUCCGAAACAGGGAGUGUUCUGAUUCGAGAAACCGGGCUUGCCUCUGUCAAGAAACAGCUUGGAGACACCUUACCCCGAGGUGAACCUCUCGAAAAACUCGACAGUCGGUUCAAAGAACAUCUUUCAGAUAUUGACGCCGCGUGUACAGUCCAUAUAUCUGGUACUCGCCCUAAGAGGAGCGAAGAAGAAAUAACUAGGAAGCGGGCUAUUGAAGACGGAGUGAAGCAAACUGAAAGAUUGAACACCCACGGCAUCCCUGAGCUGGAAGAGGCUGUUGCUGCAUUAUGGAAAGAAGCACGUACAAGUCCACCACAUCAGGCAGCUACUUCAAUUGAUGGGCCCAACCCAUGCCAAGCCAAAACCAGUCUCGGGAGAAAGAGAGAAUCAAAGAAACGUUACACCAUGAGAUUGAACUCCCCUGGUCCACACGUCUCUAAACCAGGGCAGCCUGAACUAGGAACAAUUGGUAGAACCUCGCUCCCGUCCAGCAGUCAAUAUGAUGCACUCCAGAAUUCGGCCCAUGAUACACCGCCAGAUACCAGGGGAGCGGCAGCAAUAAUUUCAGGGAAUCUUGGUUUACCCCCUAAAUCAUGGUCAAGGUAUCCCUCACAUACGCGUCACGAGAGAAAUGAAUUGGAAGAAAUAGGGCUCCGUGAUUUUGCCCCAGCACUGCCUGAUAGACUUGGGCCGAGUUAG